CUCUCUCUCCCUCUGUGGUGUCUCCAAAAGAUAAGUCUCUCUCUCUCUCUCUCUACUCUUUCUAUUUUUCUCUAAUUUUAGGUUAUUUUUUGUUAAUUUCCAUAGUAGGGUAGUAACUUUUCUUAAUUUAGAGCAACACCCAGAUCCCAAAAAUUAGGUUUUUUUAAAAUUUUUCCGACCAAUUAAACCAAAAUUUUGCUGGGUUUUUAGGGCUUUACCACCUCUGUAGAAAAGCCCCUGUUCCUGAAUCCCCCAAACCCUGUUCCAAAAUCUCGCCUUUGGGGGAGAUUUUAGCAGAUUCCGCAAUUUCUGAGACAACCCAGGUCGAAAAAUCGCAUCUUUGCUGUGCUUUAUUGUGAGAUCUUGUUGUUGAUUCUGCCCUGGAGGGCCCUCUCCAUGAUAUCAAUGCUCUCGCGCCGAAUCGUAUUAGAAGAAGCCCCUCUCUAGCAUUUAUGUACUCCGAAGCGCACCUCCGCCGCAUCUGCUUCCAACAUUCCUUCUCUGUGGCCUUCCUCUACUGGUUCUAUGUGUUCUCAUGAACUAGAUCUCCUCUGAACCCUAUUUAACUUUUCGCGCCCGCCACCCGUUCGUCGAAAUCCCCCACCGAAGAAAAACCCGGGAAUUAGAAUCGCGAGAUGUCGUCGGAGGAAGACCGGCAGGUCGUUGUCGAUCAGAGGAAGCAGAAGAGGAUGCUCUCGAAUAGAGAGUCCGCGAGGAGGUCGCGGAUGAGGAAGCAGCAGCGGCUCGACGAGCUGGUGAACCAGGCCGCACGCCUCAAGAACGAGAACACGCAGAUCUUGAUGCAGAUCAAUAUGAUCACCGAGCAGUACAUGAAGGUCGAGUCGGAGAACGCCGUGUUGAGGACCCAGCUUAGGGAAUUGACCGAGAGGCUGAAGUCGGUGAAUUCGGUUCUUAUGUUCAUGGAAGAGUUCAGUGGGCUGGAAAUGGACAUCCCGGAGAUGCCCGACCCGAUGCUUCAGCCGUGGAAGCUUCCUUACCCAGUCCAGCCGAUUACGGCUUCUGCGAACACGUUGCAGUACAACUACUGAGUAUUAUAAUUCCCGUGUGAAGUGCGAACCCUUCUGUUUCUAGCCUACUUAGCUUUCGGUGAAGAAUAUCGAUGUGUGAUUGUUACUUGCUUGUGUAGGGUAGUCGUCGUAAUGUUAUUCCCAUUUACUGGAAUGGUGUGUGAUGUUAGUGGGUGUAUCUGAAACUGUCUUCCUUUGAUGACUUAAUGUUUCAGUAAGUGUCUGCAAAGUUGUAAUUGCCGCACGAUCUUAAUUGCAAUCCCUUCUUCUGUGGUGAAAUGCUUGCUGUAUAACCCUUCUAUUUCUAUUCUACUUAGCCUUUUUGGUGAAGAAGAUUGUGGUGUGAUUGUUACUUGCUUCUGUAGGGUUCUUUGCUUUUGUCGUCGUAAUGAUAUUUUGAUUUA